AUGUCAGAACUUGGCAAUUCUGGUGACCCUAAGAAGAGGACUGUGGAAAUGUUUCACAGCAGAAUUGAUGAUCUUAAUCGAGAUCAUAUUUUGGAGUCAACGGGUAAACCAAAUGGCUCAGUCCGUGUCUUGAUAGCUACUAUUACCUAUGGUAUGGGCAUUGACUGCAAGAAUGUCAAGACAGUUCUGCACUAUGGGCCUUCUUACAACCUUGAAACCUAUCUGCAAGAAAGUGGCAGCGCUGGUAGGUCAAACCAUCAAAUGUGCAAGUCUGUGGUUCUUUACUCAAGCCUUAUGAUGAAGCACUGUUCUGAGGAAAUAAAAAGUUAUGUGCGAGAAUCAUCUACAUGUAGAAGGAAAAUACUCCUUAAAAACUUUGAUGUGGACCUCGAAAAAUUGCCUGCGGCUGAACCAGCACAUAAUUGUUGUGACUUUUGCAAGAAAAACUGUAAAUGUCAAGGGGACUGUUGUGAUUUUGUUUUCUUUAAGUCACUGUUCACAGAUAUCCAAGAGGGUCCAACUGAUUGUCUUUCUAGAGAAGUGAGCGAUGCUCAGAGGGCUAGUCUACGUGAAAAGCUGAACUACCUAAAGAAAGCCUUGAGAGGACAAUAUGUGCGUAGGGUAAGACUUGAAAAUGUGCCAAUGUUUACUCCCGCAAAGUUGUCUGGUGCAUUUGGAGAUCUGCAUGUGGAACAGAUUUUGAGCAAUUGUGAGAAAAUUUUCACUGUCACUGACAUUUUCAAAUUUGUUGACAUCUGGAAUUUAAGUGUGACCUUAGAAGUUUUGUUUACCUUCGGCCAAGUCUUUCGUGAUGUUGAUGGGUGUGAGCCUGUUGAAGAGCCACAACACAAUGGCACAUCAGAGUUUGCUGAUCUGGACAUUUUUGAUUUUGACAUUGAGGAUUCUGUCUUGGCUGGCAUUCAAGAAGGAAUGUUUUAUACUGCUGAGGAUAGCCUUUUUGAACCCAAUGAAGAAGAGUCUGGCUCUGAUGUUGAGUAA